CGAUUCAAACGUCAAAGAGGACGAAAUGACAGUUGUCUUUGGAGUUUUGUUGUGAUUAUUAACACAGCAGUGUACAUUUGUUUAUACUGAGACUUAUAAACAGGAAUUGAUCGAGAAUCGAGUUGCCGGUUUCCGUUGUCCCACUGCGUGUGAAAGAGAUAAUUUGAAAAUUUUGCUAUUGUUUCAUAGCAACGUAAAUAUUGCUUACAGUGAUGAUCAUGAAUGAGGAAGAGGACUGUGAUGAUCUGCCGCUGAUAAAAGUCAACUCGUCUGCCAAUGACUCGGGUUCAUUCACGAUGCCUUCGGCGGAGGAGUUAGCAUCCCAGCGCGCUCGCGAGCUGGAGUGCGAGCGGCAGCUGCAGGAGUUGCGCGAGCGCGACGCCGAGCGGCCCGCGGCGCUGCGCCACAGCGACUCCAGCGGCUCCGAGAGCGAGCUGCUGGCGGCCGCCGCCACCGCGCUGUCGCUCCGCGCGCGGCCGCCGCCCGCCGCCGCGCCCGCGCUGUGGGCCGCACUGGCGCCGCGCCUGCCGCCGCCCGCCGCGCGCCGCCUGCCGCGCCGCCUGCCGCGCCUGGCGCAGGCGCUGUGCGCGGCGCCGCCGGCGGAGGACGUGCUGAGCUGCGCCGCGCUGCUGCUGGUGGUGGCGGCGGCGGAGUCGCGCGAGGCGCCGCGGGCCGCGCGCGCGCUGCACGCGCUGCUGGACGACCGCGCCACCCCCGACCAGAUAUCGGAGUUAGUCGGUGUGGUGCUAGCGUCGUUCCCGUGCCCUCGCACGCGGCUGCAGCUGAGCGACGCGCUGCGCAGCGGCGGCGCGGGCGGCGCAGACCGCGCGGCCGCCGCGCUCGCGGGCGCCGCGCUGCUGGAGCUGGUGGCGGGCGAGGCGGGGGGCGGGGAGGAGGGCGCGGACGUGGCGCGGCUGGCGCGCGGCGGCGGCGUGGCGCGCGGAGGGCGCGGAGGCGCGCGGCGGCGGCGCUGGCGCUGGCGGGGCGGGUGCUGGCGGCGCGGGCGGCGCCGGCGGACGCGCGGGAGCGCCUGCUGGCGCACCUGGCGCCGCCGCCCGCCGCCGGCGCCGACGCGCAGCGACCUGACCGACUCAAGGUGUUGGUGGGUGCUUCCAAAUUGCGACUGCUAUUCUGCACUGAGCAGUGAUGUCAUCGUUAGUUGAUUAUGUAAGCGGAUAGGAAGGAACAUACGAAAACAAUUGAUAGGGAAAAAAACGCCAAAAGUUAAAUUUAAAUAUUAUAAUUAUGUAUAAGCAUUAAUUUGUUAGUAUCAAACUUAGGUUUCUAUAAAAAUGAGAUUUAUCAAGCUUAGGUGUAUACAAAAAAGACGGAUCGCGGCGGCUGCGAUGCGGCAGCUGCGGUGUGGCGCGUGACGUCACGCGUGCGGCAGCUCCAGCCCCAGCUGCGCCACGCCCAGCGUCAGCGCCGCGCCCAGCACCGGCCGCUGCGUCGUGCUGCGCACCUGCCAUCUGCACACACACCAUCACGCUCUUCAAUAAAUACUCGCCUACUGAUCA